AUGUCUAAAGAAGAAGCCUCCACCAUCUUCAUGGGAAGUCUGUUCCAGUGUUCCAUCACCAUACAGCAAGUGGGACACAAAGAGGAUAGAGAUAGGCUCUUUUCAGUGGUGCCCAAUGCUGAGACAAGAGGCAAUGGGCAGACAGACAAACUGGAACACAGAUGGUUCCAGCACAGCCUUCCCGAAAAGGACCUGGGGGUACUGAUGGAUGAACCAGAAGAGGCAGUACCUUAUGCAGACCACCCGCCGGAGAAGCUACCUGAGCUCAGAGCAGCCACCUUUCUAUCCCUCCCACUUAAAAACGUAGGCACCAUUUUCCCGCCCCAUGAGGCACCUCCCUUCCAAGCCAGCGCCGCAGGGCGGGGAUUCAGCCGCUACAGGUUCUCGCGAGAAGAUGGUUCGCUGGCUAUUUGGGCGUCUUCUCGCGAGGCUUCGGCUGUGCUAAGGUGGAGUGUUGCUGUCGCCAUGGAGCAGCAGCUGCACAGUCCUCCCGGGCUAUCCACUAUUCUAGCGAAGACGGACUGGGCAGAGCCCUGGCUGCUGGGGCUGGCGGGUUUCCACGUCCUGUGUUUUCUCCUGACCUGCUUCUCUUUCCAACACUACCGGGUGCAAAUAGGGCACUUUCUGUGCAUGGUUUGCUUAGUGUACUGUGCUGAAUAUAUAAAUGAAUUAGCAGCCAUGAACUGGAGGAUGUUUUCUAAAUACCAGUACUUCGAUUCAAGAGGAAUGUUUAUUUCACUUGUAUUUUCAGCACCUCUACUGGUGAAUACUAUCAUAAUUGUGGUCAACUGGGUUUACAGAACUUUAAAUGUAAUGACUGAACUGAAGACACUACAGCAGAGAAUUAAAGCAGAAAAAGAUAAGAAGAAGUGAAAGUGUCCAAUACUUUUCCAUUUUUAAUUUUCAUAAUACUUGUCCAGAUAAUCAGUCCUUCUGUAUGUUUAUCGAGAAGCAGCAAUUUUUUGUCUGAUAUCUGGGACUUGUGGCUAUGGACAGUGAGGAAAGGAAGUGCCCAUAGUACAUCUGAUCUUCUUAAUGAAAUUGAGAAAACUGUGCUCACCAGGUCUUCGUAUACUUCAAUGCGAGUUAAUUCUUUUACCAUGACCAAGUCCGUUAAUAGCAUUGAGAAAGAACUUUCCAGUUUCCAUUUGCCUGUAUCUUUUUUUUUUUUUUUUCCCCCUACGAAAAACUGUGUUGAAUUGUCUUUAUCAAGUACCUAGUCUUCUGUUAAUUUAUGCCAAUGGGAGUUAUGUUGUGAAUUCAAGUAAAUGGAAGAAUUGCAUUCAGAAUACCUCAGGAAUCCAUGCUUCUGUGAAGCAUUUCACUUCUUUAUAAACCAUGUUUCAUACUUCCUUUAUAUAUUUUAUGUCAGUGGAUAGUUCUGAUACAGUAGCAUUUUAUAAAACAAAAUAUCCACAGUAUCUUAGGUUAAUUUGAAUUUUUUUAAAUCUUUCUGUAUCUCAUACAAGAUUUCACCAAAACAGUAAUUUUCAUUUUAUUUGUGUAAGUAAUUCAAAUCGUGAUUUUAAUGCUGUUGUAUAAAUACCAUUUCUUAAAACUGGAUGAAGUUUUGAUAAUCUUUCCCUUAUUUGAAGAAAAGAAUGGAAAGGGAAAAACAUUAAAAUAUUAUACAUUAUUUUGUUCAUAA